AUGCAGACCAUUCGUCUCUACAGGUACAGAAAAUGGCUGGGAUGGUACAACUCCCCCGGCGGCUGGAACGUCGGCAGGGAUUUUGGAAAACUCGCAAAUUCCCCUUUCUGGGACGGCCUCUUCCCUGGGUCCAAUGAAAAUCCCGCAAAAUUCUUCCAGCUUGAUGGCAAGCAGAGCCCCAAAUACGUCGCCUCUAGAUCUGGAUCCUUCCCGGAGCAGACCAGCCACCUUGCAUAUUUGAUAACGCAGAAAUGUAAGGAGGAGCUAGGAGUGCAGAUGGAUGGAAGAGUCACGAAACGGUGUAAAGUGACUAUUAUCCAGACACAACGCGAUCCAUCUGUGGAAGGGAAUCCGCCAGUUCACACGAUCCCACCUCACAGCGGGCGUCACGCGCACGUUGCAAUCCUCCCAAUGGCCAUCAGCUUCAUCACAUGUGCGCUUUGCGGAUGGACAUACGACUGGUUCUGUUAUUCUAUGAUUCUUCUGGGAAUCAUAUCAAGUGGCCUGGCUACCUUUGUCAUAGGGUCCGCAUGUUUAAAGCUGGAAGGCGUGGAGCCAGCACCAACAGCUCCGCCCGGAGACGGGAUGUUAAUGGACGGUGAUGACAUCGUCAUCCUCCUUGGUAUAGAGGCAAACAUCGCCACCAUCACUAGGGGCAAAUUCUUUCUCGAAUAUGAACCCUGGGUUAGGCAGAGGAGCAGUAAGGAAAAGAGGAAACGAUCCGUUCUCGGAGACGGGAUGGAGUCGACCAGCUCGAAUCGCAAAAGCGAUGCGGAAGCAGGUCCUCGAGAUGGCCCCCCAGACUACAGACCAACGCAGUGCGACGUACCGGUCAGAGACGAGUAUGCUGCUAUUGGAUUAUGUUCGCUCCUGCUCGUCAUACAACUACUCGGUCAAGUGCUCUUGAUCCCCCAGGGGACAUUCUUCGGCCACAUCAUGUUCCUGUCUUCCUUCGUGGCUUCCUGGGCGUACAACUUGUACUUGUCCUCGAUCAAUAAGGAGUACAUUCAACAGAAGUUGCUCCUAGAUGUACUCGAGUUGGAUGAGCAGCAUAUGCAGACGUACAGCCUAGGCACGAGAACAACUGCUGCUCCUCGUGGGAAUGAUGCAGAUGAAUGGGAGAGUUUCAAACCAGCAGCCAUCAUCCAACAUUUCAUUCCGAAUGAUACACAGGUGUGGAUUACAUGGAAACAAAAGGUCUUGGGCGUAAUAAGCGAGCGCGAUCGCAACCAAGAAGCUUGCUACGGUUUGCUCCAGGUGAGCGCCGAGGAUGAAGCGAUGUUCAAGAAGGAUGACAAAGGACCUUGUCGAUAA